UCGGGCUUGUAAUGGCAGGCGGGGCGAAUCGGCACAUGUUGAAGACCGCUUUUUCAUGGUUUUCCAAGGCUGCAUUGUGGAUAAAGUGGAUAAAAUUGCGAGUUAUUUACCCCCUCGUCGCUGGUACGACAAGUAUAACACGAGUGGUGCCAAUUCUUUCUUCUUUUUGGAAUGGAUGGAGCGAGCUCAAGAGCGUUCAGAAGCAUACAAGGGACAAGCUGAUAGGUUGCUGCUGAAUUGGAUUGAAACGAUACAAGCAAAAAGUUGCGGUCUUUGGAACCAAUCUCUGAUAGUUGAUUCAGCUUCCCUGGCUAGCAUUGCUAAAUCAUGGCUUAGGCUAUUCGAAGACGAAACUCAGGUCGAGACGGAAGAAAUUCGCCAGUUCCACGCUGCCUGUCUUCCUUCAUUCGGGAUUGGUAUCGCGAGGCGUGGUCACUUCUGCCUUAUCCCUCGAUUUGCAGCAAGUCACGACUUGGUGUGCAUUCCUUACGGGAGCAAAGUUCCUUUAUCUUCAGGGAAAUGAGUGAUAGUCAUUUGAAUACUGGAGGAUGUUACGUUCAAGGUGCUAUGAAUUGGGAAGCACUUGCGCGGAUGGAGAAUCUCCUGGGAGGCAGAGAAGUUUCCUAGAGAGAUAAGUCCAUCCAAGAUUCGAAGAGCAAACGCAGGCGUAGCCUCCUGCUUCGGAAUAUGUACCUGUGCGCUUCGUAGAGAACAGUUAAUCGCUGGAAUGGACCUGAAGAUAAAGACAUAGAAACAGAAG